AAAGUUAACCAUAACCAUACUUUCACAUAUCUUUAAUUAUUUGGGGUUGUUGAAAGUCGAACAUGUCAUUUAUAAAUUUGAUUUGUAAGAGAUAUAUUUCUACGACUUCUGCUCGAUACGGAAAAAGAAACUUCAAAAAAUUUCCUAUAUAUAAUAAACGAGGUUCUAGAAUUUUCAAGAAGCAGCAGGCAGAGAACCCAGAUCCUGAUGUUCCGAUACACACAAGAGGUGUGAGAGAAAUAGGCUAUAAGGUUGAUGGAAAAUUUGUGGAAAUUCCUGAGAAAAUACCACAAUUGGUUGUACCUGAUUUAACAGGAUUCAAGCUGAAACCUUAUGUAUCAUACAGAGCCCCGGAGGUAACGCAGUCUAAAUUUACUGCUGAAGAUCUAUUUAAUGUUGUGUAUGCCCCAAAAAUUGUUAAAGAUUUCAAAGAAGGCAAGCUUGAUAGCAAUGGACAACCACUAGAACCAUCUGAAGAUGAGAAAAUGACUGCAGAAGAGGCAAAAAUCAAAGCAAAGCAAACAGGAACAGAUAUAUUUUAGAUCUGAUUCAGAAUGAACUAUUAAAAAAAAAUGUUACAAUUAUACUGUGAAGGGUUUGUUGUGAAUAAUUCACAGUUUCUUUACGUUUUUGAGUAAUAUAAACCUCUAAAGACACUAAUUAGUCAGUAACUUGUAAUCAUACAAUUUACCUAUCAAAUAGAAAAAUAAUUUAUA